CAUAUAUUCAUAUCUCUAUUAUUUACUUGUUGCUUUGCAAAUAGAGAAAAACAAAAAAAAAAAUUCCAUUUUCCCAAUCCAUAUAGUUAAAUUAUAUGGGUAUAGUAACUCUAGUUUUGAUUUUCUUGAGUGCCUAUGCAACAAGUUGUACUUCAAGUACUCCAUCAAAAUAUGACAAAAUCUUUAGCUUUGGUGACUCCAUUGCUGAUACAGGAAACUUUCUCCAAUCGGGGGCAAUCACAAAUACGGUUAUAGGAAAGCUUCCGUAUGGGGUCACUUUUUUUCAUCGUGCAACUGGUCGCUGCUCUGAUGGACGCCUUAUUAUUGAUUUCAUCGCUGAGGAAUACGGCCUACCAUUCUUACCUCCAUAUCUAGUGAUUGAGAGAAGCUUGAAAUCGAAAGCAACACAUGGAAUUAACUUUGCUGUCGCAGGAGCGACUGCACUUGACCCAAAGUUUUUUUAUGAUCAAGGCAUUGGAAGGAUUCUUUGGACAAAUUAUUCACUAAGCACUCAAUUGGAUUGGUUCCAGGAAGUGAAGUCAACCAUGUGCACCACCAAACAAGAAUGUGAUGAUUAUUUCAAGAAAUCAUUGUUUGUGUUGGGAGAAAUUGGUGGAAAUGACUAUAACUAUGCAUUUUUCGCUGGCGGAACCAUCAACAAUCUAAUAAGCAUGGUACCUCUCGUUGUGGCUAGAAUCGUUGCUGCCACCAGUAUGUUGAUCGAAGAAGGUCAUGCAAAGGAAUUGCUAGUACCCGGGAAUUUCCCAAUCGGGUGUUCUGCAGCUUUCCUAACCGCUUUUGGACCUCAAAACAAAACAGCUUACGAUGGGAAUGGAUGUUUAAAGUCACUCAAUGCUUUCUCUAAAUAUCAUAACGAUCAACUUAAGCUAGCUUUGGAGAAACUUAGGCAAAAGUACCCACAAACUCGAAUCAUGUAUGCUGACUACUAUGGUGCUUCUAAGAAGUUGUUUCACACCCCACUUCAUCUCGGACUAUCGAGUGGAGCUUUAACCGCUUGUUGUGGUGGAGGCGGGCCAUACAAUUUCAAUGCAACAGCAAGGUGUGGUCACAUUGGGUCGAAAGCUUGCAAAGAUCCGUCUACUUACGCCAAUUGGGAUGGGAUUCACCUAACUGAGGCGGCUUAUAGCCACAUAGCCACUGGAUUGCUAAAGGGAACAUUCACUUCUCCCCCCAUAAUACGAGUUGUAACUUAAAUAGUUAAGAAUACUUACUUGUAAGUUGUAACUGCAAGUGAAUUGAUUAAUCCAAGAAAUAUUGUAAUGUCUCGUAAGCUUUUGAGAUAUUUUAAUAAACGAGUCUCUAUUUUUAAAUUUUAA